CUAAUUACGAUAGUCAUGGUAUUUUUGAGGAUCAUCGGUCUUGACCUGUCUAUCAACAUCCCCAGCCCUCUGGAACAAUUUGAGAUAAUCCCUAUUCUUCCUAUGAAGAUAGGGGACUUGUAUUUCUCAUUCACAAAUCCCUCUUUGUUUAUGCUGCUCACUCUAAGUUUGGUCUUACUGCUGGUUCAUUUUGUUACUAAAAAGGGAGGAGGAAAGUCAGUACCUAAUGCUUGGCAAUCCUUGGUAGAGCUUAUUUAUGAUUUCGUGCCGAACCUGGUAAACGAACAAAUAGGUGGAAAUGUAAAACAACAGUAUUUCCCUUGCUUCUCGGUCACUUUUACUUUUUCGUUAUUUUGUAAUCCCCAGGGUAUGAUACCUUAUAGCUUCACAGUUACAAGUCAUUUUAUCAUUACUUUGGGUCUCUCAUUUUCGAUUUUUAUUGGCAUUACUAUAGUGGGAUUUCAAAGAAAUGGGCUUCAUUUUUUAAGCUUAUCAUUACCCGCAGGAGUGCCACUGCCGUUAGCACCUUUUUUAGUACUCCUUGAGCUAAUCCCUCAUUGUUUUCGCGCAUUAAGCUCAGGAAUACGUUUAUUUGCUAAUAUGAUGGCCGGUCAUAGUUCAGUAAAGAUUUUAAGUGGGUCCGCUUGGACUAUGCUAUGUAUGAAUGAUCUUUUAUAUUUCAUAGGAGAUCUUGGUCCUUUAUUUAUAGUUCUUGCAUUAACCGGUCCGGAAUUAGGUGUAGCUAUAUCACAAGCUCAUGUUUUUACGAUCUCAAUCUGUAUUUACUUGAAUGAUGCUACAAAUCUCCAUCAAACUUGCUUGUUAUUUAUUUAAAAUUGAACAAAAGCGAGUCUGAAUGGGUAUACUUAGUCGUGGAGCAUUCCGAGUAUUUGCUUUAGGGAUCGUUCCUGCGCAUCUGCUUCCUUUAUAGCAGUUAUUGCUCCGGUUCCAGAAGGUAUAGCUCUUGCUUGCCUCGGCUUCGCCUUUGAAAUCGGAGACUGUUCCAAUUUCCUACUGAGAUAGGCAAGCGGAGGGAGAACUAGACGUAUCUUGCUAGGCAAAGACAGGUUAGAAUGGAUAGCUUCGCGAGGUGCCGCGCAAUCUGCUGCUGGGUUGAGGAAAGACUAAACCAAUUUUGCCCAGGAAGGAUUGAUUGCGAAACCUA